AUGGAGCCCCGGGCUGCGGCGGCGGCGGGCGAGCCCGAGCCGGCGGCGGCGCCCUCCUCCUUCCAGGCCCGGCUCUGGAAGAACCUACAGCUGGGGGUGGGCAAGAGCAAGGGCGGCGGCGGCGGGCGCGCGGGGGCCCCUGAGCGCCGCACUGCGGACUCCCCGUCGCCCUCCCCGCCGCCCCCGGGGCGCACGCGGGACGGCCCGGCCGGCGCGGGCAGCAGGUGGAGCGGCUUUAAGAAGCGGAAGCAGGUGCUGGAUCGGGUCUUCUCCUCCUCCCAGCCCAACCUGUGCUGUUCCUCGCCCGAGCCCCUGGAGCCCGGAGGCGCGGGCAGAGCGGAGCAGGGCUCCACGCUGCGCCGCCGGCUCCGGGAACAUUUGCUGCCCGCCGGAAAGGGGUCCUCGGCGGGCGCCGGAGCGGCGCGAGCGACGCCUCCCGGCGGACUCUCGCCGGACUCGGCUGCCUCCUCUUCCUCCGCCUCGUCCUCCCUGUCCUCCUCGCCCCAGCCGCCCGCCAGGGGCGAGCGCGCCCGCGAUGAGGACGGCCGGCGGCGGGGCCCCGGGGCGCACUUGUGCCAUCAGAAGAGCUCCUCUCUGCCUGGCACCGCCUGCCUGGAGCAGCUGCUGGAGCCACCGCCACCGCCGCCACCGCCACCGCAGCCCGCGGAGCAAGCGCCGAGCCCCGCGGAGCCCGGGACCCCGGAGAAGGGUGAGGAGCCGGGCGGCAGCCAGAAAUUAAACACCGCUGGAACCAGUAAUGCGGGUGUCCCCUUGGCUGAUCCAGGAAUGUACCAGUUGGACAUUACAUUAAGAAGGGGUCAAAGUUUAGCUGCCCGCGAUCGAGGAGGGACGAGUGAUCCAUACGUGAAGUUUAAAAUUGGAGGAAAGGAAGUUUUUAGAAGUAAAAUCAUACACAAGAACCUCAAUCCUGUUUGGGAAGAAAAAGCUUGCCUUCUUGUUGAUCAUCUUAGGGAGCCAUUGUAUAUAAAGGUAUUUGAUUAUGAUUUUGGCCUACAGGAUGACUUCAUGGGCUCGGCCUUUCUGGAUCUCACACAAUUGGAGUUAAGCAGGCCCACAGAUGUGACCUUACCACUGAAGGAUCCUCAUUAUCCUGACCAUGAUCUUGGAAUCAUUUUGCUCUCAGUGGUUCUUAGCCCGAAAGAAGGGGAAUCCAGGGAUGUGACAAUGCUAAUGAGGAAGAGUUGGAAAAGAUCAAGUAAGUUUCAGACCCAAAGUUUACGUCUGUCAGACCUACACAGAAAAUCGCACCUUUGGAGAGGAAUCGUCAGCAUCACCUUGAUCGAGGGGCGAGAUCUGAAGGCCAUGGACGCCAACGGGCUGAGUGAUCCCUAUGUGAAGUUCCGGCUUGGGCAUCAGAAGUACAAGAGCAAGAUCAUGCCAAAAACCUUGAAUCCUCAGUGGAGAGAACAGUUUGACUUUCAUCUCUAUGAAGAAAGAGGAGGUGUCAUUGAUAUCACAGCCUGGGACAAAGAUGCUGGGAAAAGGGAUGAUUUCAUUGGCAGGUGCCAGGUCGACCUGUCAGCCCUCAGUAGGGAACAGACACACAAGUUGGAGUUGCAGCUGGAAGAAGGUGAGGGACACCUGGUGCUGCUGGUCACUCUGACAGCCUCGGCCACUGUCAGUAUCUCUGACCUCUCCAGCAACUCCGUGGAGGACCAGAAGGAACGGGAGGAGAUAUUAAAGAGAUACGGCCCCUUGCGGAUCUUUCACAACCUGAAAGAUGUGGGAUUUCUCCAGGUGAAGGUCAUCCGAGCAGAAGGAUUGAUGGCCGCUGACGUCACAGGUAAAAGUGACCCGUUCUGUGUAGUGGAGCUCAACAACGAUCGGUUGCUCACACACACGGUCUACAAGAACCUCAACCCCGAGUGGAACAAAGUCUUCACAUUCAACGUUAAAGAUAUCCAUUCAGUUCUCGAAGUGACAGUUUAUGAUGAAGAUCGGGAUCGAAGUGCUGACUUUCUGGGCAAAGUCGCUAUCCCAUUGCUGUCUAUUCAAAAUGGUGAACAGAAAGCCUACGUCUUGAAAAACAAGCAGCUGACAGGGCCAACAAAGGGGGUCAUCUAUCUUGAAAUAGAUGUGAUUUUUAAUGCUGUAAAAGCCAGUUUACGGACAUUAAUACCCAAAGAACAGAAGUACAUUGAAGAGGAAAACAGACUCUCUAAACAGCUCCUACUAAGAAACUUUAUCAGAAUGAAACGCUGUGUCAUGGUGCUUGUGAAUGCUGCCUACUACGUUAAUAGUUGCUUUGACUGGGAUUCACCCCCAAGGAGUCUCGCUGCCUUUGUGCUCUUUCUCUUUGUUGUCUGGAACUUUGAGCUCUACAUGAUACCGCUUGUCUUGUUGCUGCUAUUAACAUGGAACUACUUCUUGAUAGUAUCAGGGAAAGAUAACCGGCAGCGUGAUACGGUAGUGGAGGACAUGCUAGAGGACGAGGAAGAAGAAGAUGACAAAGAUGACAAGGACAGUGAAAAAAAGGGAUUCAUCAAUAAAAUCUAUGCCAUCCAGGAGGUAUGUGUCAGUGUCCAGAACGUCCUAGAUGAAGUGGCUUCCUUUGGCGAAAGGAUCAAGAAUACUUUCAACUGGACUGUCCCAUUCUUAAGCUGGCUGGCCAUAGUCGCCUUGUGUGUGUUCACAGUCAUCCUGUACUUCAUUCCACUGAGAUACAUUGUCCUUGUCUGGGGUAUCAACAAAUUUACGAAAAAGCUUCGGAGUCCAUAUGCAAUUGAUAACAAUGAACUACUCGACUUCCUUUCCAGAGUCCCUUCAGAUGUACAAGUGGUGCAAUACCAAGAACUGAAACCAGAUCCUUCUCACAGCCCAUAUAAAAGGAAGAAAAACAAUCUUGGCUAGCCAGCUCCCAGUGCUGAGGAGACCGGCAUCUGUCUGGGAAGAGAGAAGAAAAAGCCUUCAGCCUCAGCUGCAUUUCCUUUCUUUCUGCUUUUUAUUUAUUUUGUCUUUUUAUCAUGAUUGAGAGUUUGUAAAUAGUGUACAAAGGCAUAUGUCUUUGGAAAUAUAUUUCCAUUGUACAGACUCAACUUGAUAAAGGUUUAGCUACUGCUGUGUGAAAGCCUUGUUAGCUGUGGAUAAUAAUCUAACACACUGCAAGAAAAAAUUUAAGAAUGAUAUCAUCGGAAGAUACACACGUCUCUAAUUACAAGUGGAAGAACUAGAAUAUUAGAUGAAAUGUUCAACUGUGUCCUGACUAAAUCUACAUAAAAUGUAAAUGUCGAUUUGAUGUUAGUUUUUUUUUCUAAAUGUGUCUAUUUUUCACCUGAAAAGUAACCAAUUACAGUUUCCUAUGUUUUAUACAUUUCUAAGGGGGUGGGGGGAACCCCAAAGCCUGAAUAAUGGAAUGGAUGCAUUUCAAUUUAACACAGAUAGUGACACCCACUCCUGUGCAAAUUACUUAUUAGCUGAAAUCAGCCUCAUCAGACCUAAGUGAAGAUACACUCAUACCCUCCACCCCCCUCCCCCAGAGGAGUUUUCAACUCUGAAAUCCUAGAAAAAAGAGAACUUUCAAACCUUCUAUCAUUCCAUCAAAAAGAAACCUUGAAAUCUCUACAGGACUAUACAACCAAAAUACUGCCAGGUUUAUAAAUGAUUGCCUAUGUGAAUUUUAUACCUACAACUACUUUAAUUCAUACCAAGUUAGCAAAUUAGCCUCCCAGUUCAGUUGUCAACAAUACUAGUUAACUAAAUCCAUAUUGCUUUUGGUGUCAGAAUAUACCUUUGUGCAUCUAAAAAUUAUUUAAUACUCAAGUGUUCUCACAGAAAAAGAAAUAAUCUGCCUUCUCAUCAGGUUACUGAAAUGCUUUAAUGCAUACUAUGGUUUUUGUUAUUAGUGUGAAUUUUAAUAUCAAGAAGAAUGCAGUGUGCUAAGUGAUAUGUCAGUGUUUCAUUACAUUCAUUUAUGAAAAAAAUCUCUUGAUAUGAAUGCAUGAAAACUUGUUUUGUAAAACUGCUUAUUGGGGGUGGGGGUACCUUUAAAAAUGUUUCACUACCUACCAUGGACUCUGCACUUAGAAACUGCAUUCCCAACUCUUAAUGGUAGUUUUUGUAUCUAACUCCCUGAUAUAUGGAGGGAGCAUACCUCUGAAGAAAGUGGUCAGUCAGUUGGUGAGAAUGUUUUAUUACUUCCCUGACUUGGUAGGGAAUUCAACUCAGUUGAAAUUGCUGCAGACAAUGUUUUGCACUACUUUAUUAAUAAAAUAGAUGGGGUUAAGGUGGGGGCUGUGGUAGGAAGGUCAAAAGGAAGAAAUACAGAUUUCAUUCUAGAGAAAGAUUCUUUAAUCUCAUCAAAGCUGAUUUUUAAAGUAUUUUUAUUUUAGAGAUAUGUUGUUAAAAUACUAUUUCUUAUACUAGAACUAUUUUGAUCUGUUUAUACACUAUGCUUGAAAGAAUGUCAAUUAAAUUCCCUUUCUACAGAAAGGCUUUGACCUCAGUAUGCUCUAUCUAGCACAUGUUUAAAACGACAUGCUUAUAUCUGCAUACCAUCACUGUUCGUUGCUGAAACAAUAUUCCAUAAAGUUGAUGUUACAACAGAAAGUUUACUGAUGAGUUAAUUUGUUUGAAAUAACCUGUGAUUAUACUUUUGUGAGAUUUAUGUUCUGCGCUGUCUACUCAGAUGUCUAUAAGCCUGAUAUUCUACAACCUCAGAAGUAUCAAGUGGAUAGUAACCAUUAACAGAUGACUAAUUUGUUUCAUUGUAUCAGAUUUCAGGUGUUUAGUUCAACGGUAAUGUUAACUACACAU